GCUUCUGAUGCCUUCAACGUAGGCAAACAAAAUCAACAUCGCCUGGUUCUACAGUAAAUGUACAGUUUUAAGUUUCCUGACAGUAGAACUAAUAAGUAUUGUUUUAAAUAACAUUUACAGUCAUGCAGGUCAAUGAGGAAAUAUUACGAAAUGAACCUGUCCGAGUUGAAACUAUGGUUGAAACACGCUGAACACUCGCUACGGAUUAUAAAGCUGGCCUCUGAACGAGUCACUAAAGUGAACACUUUUGGACACUUUCAAAGUUGGUCGUAUAUCCUAAAAUCUGGUGAACAUUUACAGAAGAAGGUUAGUGAUUAACAGUCGUCCUGUGCUGCAAACAGCUGCACAGAGUCCCAGCUUUAGAGACAGCGAGCACCUCGUCGGUCACUGCCCGCUUCACAAUGCUCUGCGUGCGGACAUGGAGAGCUCUGAGCCCCCGGUGCAGGAGCGGAGCUCACCUGACAGCAGCAUGGAAACAAACCCAGAACUUCUCAUCUGCUGCCAGGCUGGACCUGAGCGGGAUCUACCCGCCCAUUGGCACCCCGUUUACCGACAAAGAGGACGUGGACUACCAGAAACUGGAGGAAAACCUGCAGCAAUAUGCCAAGAUACCAUUCAAAGGUCUGGUGGUCCAGGGCUCUAACGGAGAGUACCCGUACCUGACAGAAGAAGAGCGGGUGGAGGUAGUGAGGGCCGUCAGGCGAUCGCUGCCUGCAGGAAAACUACUGAUGGCCGGAUCAGGAUGUGAAUCAACAAGAGCCACGGUCAAGCUCACGGAGAAGAUGGCUGCAGCCGGGGCGGACGCUGCCCUGGUGGUGACACCCUGCUUCUACAAAGGCAAGAUGGACAGCCGUGCUCUGGUCCAGCACUUUACCAAGGUGGCCGACUGCAGCUUGGUGCCGGUGGUUCUGUACAGUGUGCCGGCUAACACGGGCCUGGAGCUGCCGCUUGACGCUGUGGUUCAGCUGUCUCAGCAUCCAAACAUUGUCGGCCUGAAAGACAGCGGAGGAGACAUCACACGGAUUGGCCUGAUUGUUCACAAAACCAAAACGCAGGAUUUCCAGGUGCUGGCGGGCUCAGCAGGGUUUCUCAUGGCCGCUUAUUCUGUUGGUGCGGUUGGUGGAGUGUGUGCGCUGGCUAAUGUGCUCGGUCGGGAGCUGUGUGAGUUGGAGCGUCUGUGUGUGUCCGGCUGUUGGGAGGAAGCCAGAGCCCUGCAGCAACGCCUCAUCGAGCCCAACGCCGCCGUAACAAGGAAGUUGGGAGUCCCCGCCCUCAAGCAGGCAAUGGAGUGGUUUGGUUUCCAUGGCGGCGCCUGUCGUUCACCUCUGCAGCCGCUCACAGAGGCCGAGACUCAGCAGCUGAGGCGGGACUUUUCCUCAAACGGCUGGCUUUGAGGGGACCCUCAAAGAGUGUGUGAAUGUGUGUGCUUGUCUGUGUGUGGGUGUGUUUGGCUUCACCUUAUCUGGAACCUUUUACCUAUAGACUAAAUCUUAUCAGUGAUAUGGCAAAUAAAAAGAGGACACACUGCAAAAAUGAACGCGUAAAAAAAUAUCCAAAAAACCAAAGUUAUUUUUAAAAUGUAUUUUAGACAAACAUGUAAAUUCAACUCAAACUUACAACAUGUAUUUAACUAUGUAAAAGAGCAUUGCCAAGCAGACCUACACAUACCAUACAACUUUUCAGUCACAAAAAUCUUCAAUCAAAACUUUAAUUACUUUAAGUUAACAUAACAAAUGUUAACAUUUACAGAGUGAUUGAUGGGUCAAUCAGUCACAGCAGGUCAGUAAGUUCACUCUGCUGAAGGUCUAAAGAAGUUUGUCUGGUGAGAUGUGACUGUUUGGAUGGAAUUGUUGUAGCAAAGACGUUAGCUAAGCAGCAUAGUUCAUAUAACACGUUUAAUGUGUUUGACUGAAAUUCUUCCACGCUUACAACGUUACAUUGAAUCUUAAACACUUUUUAUUUACUGUCUACUUAAUUCUAAAAUAAAUCACUGUCAUACCA